AAUUGUGGAAUUGUUUUCAUUUCAAGCAUAAACUAAAUAAAUAUUUUAUUUACAUUUCUAGAUAACUUUAUUUGACCUGUUGUUAAGAAUAAAUUAUAUAAUUAAAGAAUAAUUAAAACUCACUAUCAGUUAUACUGUGCCUUUCAAGGAAAUAUAAUUGGUUAAUAAAAUUCAGGAAUAUGGCACUGGAUCCAAAAAGUUUACCAGUAGAAAAAAAAUCACUGUAUGUGCCUCCUUUACAAGAAAUAGCCGAUGCUCUAAACAAAGGAUUAACAACCAAUUUUGCAGAAGUAAAUGUAGAAGUUGUAGAUAGUCCCGACUUGACCCAAAAACCCUUCAGUUUAGCUAGCAAAGGCCUAGGAGGAAACCCAAAAAUAGUUGAAAUUGGAGGACCUCCUUAUUUGCUACCUAUAGUCGACCGAAAAAAAGUGUACGAUUUAAAAGACAUUGCAAAUCUAAUUAAUUCCAACCCUGCAUUUAUAAUUGGAGCUGGAGCUGGCCCACAUCCUUAUAUUGGUGUCAACUGUGAAGGUAUCUUAAAUCUCAAUAUUGUAAAUGGAUCGGUAGAACAGCACUCGAGAAUAUCAAAAGUUGAUCAAAAUGACGAAAACUCCAUACAAGAGAUACUUCCUAACAGUGAAUCUCGCAUAGCUCUUCUAGCAAAUUUAUUAUUUUCUGAAGGCAAACCAGGAAAGGUUCUUAAAGUACAUGUUAAAAAACGCAUCGGACCUAAGGACUUUAUUGCUAGUAUAAGAACUGUGUUAGAAGAAGUAUAUAAGGGCAAAUUAGUAGGAUUAGGAGGAGCAUUUUUAAUAAAAGAGGGUAAGGUAAAACAACACGUAAUGAGAGACUUCUCAAAGACUCCUUUAGAAAAUGAAGAAGACCUCAACAACUGGUUGAAAUUUUAUAAUAUGUCUGCGCCAUUAGUUGCUUUGGGAACACUAGUUAAUGGAGAUGGAGGGCUUGACUUGAGGGUGCAACAUUUUCACAGCUUCAGCCACCACGGAGAAGCUGGCCAUUAUCAUUAUGAUACAACUCCUGAAACUGUUGAAUAUUUGGGCUAUUUUAUUACUGGAGAUGAAAUUUAUCGAAUUGACAAGCCUGUAGCUACCCAUACUUGGGGAAGAGAUUAGGUUUUACUUAAAGUGCAAUAUUAAAUUUUGUACCUAAGGGAUAAUUAUGAUUUAAUAGCCGAAAUGCACUUAAUGACCAUAUCUAGUAACUAAAAUAAUUUUAGCACAAUGUUUUACAUUAAUUUUAAAUAAUGUAAAAUGUUAGGUACUUCUAGGCACAAUAAAUUGAUUGUUAAAAAAAGCACACAUAUUAUCAAUAAAUUAUCUUUGACCCACAAUUAACAUUAUAUUUGUAAGUUCUGA